UGUUGGGCGCGCACUGUAAUUAAGGCAUUUCAAACAAAAAUGGCGGAAAAACAUUUGGAAGCUGAAAAAGAUGGAGGUAUCGCUACUGAGACUGACAUCGUGAGUGAGGUAAACUCAGGGAACCGGACCUCGAAAAGAUGUUCUUCCACAAGACCCGCUGCCACAACCCCCCCUCACAAGUCUCCCCGUACCGAAUUCCCAUCACCCACCUUAUCAGCAUCAGAUACUGGGAAAGGACAGCCGGAGACAGAUCAACAAGAAAUGCAGACGGAGAAUACAGAGGAACCCUCCAUCUCCACUGUCAGCCCUAUAGCACGGAGGAAAUCCUGGAGAAGAGCCACUAUAACCCGACGCUCUCUUCCUGCCCUCCAGAACCCCUACAAAGUUCUGUGCAGGAGCAUAAAUCCAUCCUUGCCUCAGCAAGAGAGAUUUGAGAAAUUGAUUGAAGCCUCAUUUAAGCUGGCAAUAGAAAGAACUCAAAAUUCACUGCAGUCAGUGCCAAAUGCCUCAAUUGAGUGUUUUCACAAACAAGUUGAGCAUAUAUGGAAAGAGUGUGACUCUCUGGCCAAAAAUCUAUGUAGUGAGUCGCAUGAUAAUCGAUUCCCUCCGAGUACAGUGAGUGAUCCUGCACGUCAAGUAGCUAUGGAAAAAGCUAUCAAGAGGCUCGAGGCAGAAAGUGAAUCUUGGGAGGCACUGCUGAACAAACACCAGAAGAAAGCACAAGAGCUUGAAUGGAAAGUGGAGCAGGGUAAAGAAAAGGGUGUGGUGUUAGACUCUACAUCUAUUGCCAAGUCUUCACAGUACCAUUUCAUAACGAGUAAACCUGACUACCAUGGUCUCCUUCAUCGACAAAAGCCCAUGUUCCACGCUGUAGCAAUGAUUAUGGAAACUCAGUGCAAGAUGGUCAGAAAGCUUCUAUCCAUCAAAGAGCAGUCCCAAGUGUUUGUGAAAGAGACCAGCGGUCGGUUAGCUGCCGAGGCAGGAUUCCAGGAUCUUUCAGCUGAUGUUGUCAAGAACCUUAUGACAGCACCUUUAUCUGCUACAACUACAUAGGUACCCUCACAGGAGGCAAGCACAAGCAGUCUAUUGAACCGUGGAUCUCUAUGACUUUCAAACAUGGCUCACAUGUACAUUUUCUACUGAUUUUAAUGUUGUAUGAUUUGCACAUAAACAGUCCUUGCUUCUUUUUUCUCUUAGUUUUUAACAUAUUUAGCUGUUAUUGUGUCUGCUACAUAUAAAAUUGUCUUCCUCUGCAACAGCUGUGGUAAUGCUAAGUAAUUCAUGUUUUUAUCAGAAGGUGGCACUGUGUAGCCGUUCAAAAUUGUGACAAGCUCCAUGAACGACCAGAGUGGUGGUAUUGUGUGUUUGUGUUUAUAACGGCAUUCAUUAAGUGUAUCUUCACCUGCAUAUCUUUGAAAUGAAAAAAGUUGUAUUGAUUUCCAUUGAAAAGUUUAUUGCAUCAGUCAAAUGCUUACCUGUCAUAGGGAAAUGCUGUCUAGGAUUAUCUGAAUGUUGUGUCUUUUAUCAAUUAAAACUUUAACAUCUAA